UUCGGUCUGGGUGUGGAAAGUCAUAGCAAUAUUUGGAGAAGGCAAUUUUGGCGGGUCAUUGGAAAGGAAAGGUUUAAUUUCGGUUUGAGGCCAAGCAUCAGUUGUCAGCCAACGGGGACCAUUCCACCAGACUUUUUGUUGUUGUAGUUGUUGGGCAUUAAUUAAACCACGGGAGCAAAUGUCGGCCGGAUUGUCGAGACCAGAAACAUGUUGUACCAAUAAAUCAGGAAUUUUUCUUAUGUGGUUUAGGCAAUUGGAAACAAAAAUUUCAUUGGUAGGGUUUUUCCCGGUUAACCACCCUAAAACAGCCGAGGAGUCUAUCCAAAGGAAAAGAGGUACGGUAAUAUUCAAGUGGGACAAUUCCUUGUGUACAUAAACCAAAGCAUUGGUUCCGAUUUUUGCUGCUAUUAAUUCCAGCCUGGGUACAGUUAGUUUAUUGUUGGAUUUCAAGGGUUUAAUUUUGGUUUUGGAAAAUAGUAACGAAACCUGG